AUGUCUUCUCCUCCUCCUCCUCCUGAUUCGUCUUCUACUGCUAACCCUGCCGCCAACUUCCCGCGAAAUAACCUAACCUCUCCCUGGGCGCAGAUUGUUCGUGGCGCUGAUUCCGAUUCAGUCGAAAACAAAUCGCCGCCGGAGUCGUCUUCGACGUCGUCUCUCGAUUCCGUUGCUCCUCCUGUUGUUGCUGCCGGUGAAAGCUCUAAUGCUGAUAAGGAGAGCAAUGCGGUUAACCCUAGGAGAUCUGCUUGGAAUAAUCUUCCCAAUGGUGCUGUUGCUGAGGUGAGUCCGGUUAUGGGUGCGGUGUCUUGGCCUGCUUUGUCGGCUAAUUCUGCGAAAUUGGCAUCUGAUGCCUCAUCCUCUGCUGAGGGAUCAACCUCCGUUCCUCAGGGACCUGUUACAUUGAACAACCCUCGAGAACAAGCCGUUGCUAAUGGGAGUGUGGAACCUACUCCUCCGGUGAAUCAUGGUGGGGCUAAUAGACAACAGAUGAGGCGCGGAGCAGGCAACAGCAGUAGCAACAUUACCAAUGGGCCUGGUUCUUUUCCGAACAGCUUCUCCAACCCACCCCCUCAGGUUGAUCUUCGACCACAGGCUCCUCCUCCGCCAUAUCCUGUGAUUCAGAUCCCUCCGAAUACAACCUUUGUCAACGGGGUUCCGCCUUACCGGAACAACAAUGGCUGGGGUCCAAGAGGACCCGUUGGGGCUUAUGGGGUGUCGGUGGAUGAGCACAGGAACCCUAAUCGUAGGGGUAAUUAUGGGAACCGUCCUCAUAACAACAACAUUAGGCGCAAUCAGGAUUCCGGAAAUAUAAACACUAGAGAUGUUCAUGGACAUCAACAUAGGAUGCAGUCUGGGAGAUUUUCAAGGCCCACAGGACCUAACUCUGCUACGUUUUUAGGGUCUCAGCCUAUAAGACCCUAUGUAAACCCUACUGGGUUCCCUGAAUACUAUUAUUAUCCAACAGUUCAACUCGAACCCUUCGGAGGUGUGCCAUUUUUGACUCAUCCACCUCCUCCAGCUGUGUUUGUCCCAGUUCCAGAGAAUCCUCUGACCCUUGCAAUAGUCAAGCAAAUUGACUAUUACUUUAGCGAUGUUAAUUUAGCGAAGAAAGACGACUAUCUGCAGCUCAACAUGGACGAACAGGGCUGGGUUCCAAUUAGUGUGAUUGCAAACUUCCCUCGAGUUAAAAGUUUGACCAGUAACGUUGAGUUGAUUUUGGAUUCAUUGAGAACUUCGUCAAUCGUGGAAGUGCAUGGUGACAAGCUGAGGAGGCGUAAUGACUGGAUGAGGUGGCUGCCCUCUGUUCACCAAAGGGCUAGUUCUGGUUCUGUAUCCCAAGUGGAUCAAAUUGCAAUCACAUAG